AUGAUUUGGAAAUUUGCGGGAAGUGUGUCAGGCAUAGCUGGCCUGGUUUGCUUUGGUUUCAGCCCCACCUACAAAAUCUCAUUUGGAGAGCUUGGUAUUGGCGGUCUCCUUUAUCUAUUCGUCGGUGUAAUCAUAUGGAGCCUCAUCUCGUGGGGCAAGAGAAUUCGAGUUUCAGAGAAAUUCCAAGGCCCUCUGGCAGCUCUAAUGUUUGAUGUGAUCUGUUUGAUCUCCGUGGCGAAUGAAAAACUUGUGCCUGCAAAAUCAGACGCAUGGAGCAUUAUCUCGUAUGGUUCAUUUGCCUUGAUGUCGCUGUCCAUGUCAAGGAACUUUGAGCUCGGAUUCGAAACUGGCUUCUCCACCUUUUUCCUGACAUUGUUUGCCACACAACUGUUCAAAAUCAAGUGGAUCCUCUUACCCAUUGCAUUAGUUUUCUGCUCCCUCAUCAUUAUUCUUCGCCACUACUCAGAAUCCGGAGUACAGGAGGUUGGUCCCAUCAGUCCAAGUGACCAUCUUCACGUUGAUGUUGGUCCUUCACACGGCAAUGAGUGGCAAGAUUCCUCAGGGGUGGGAGAAGUUUUAGGGCAAAGCCAAUUAUCACGGCGGGGAGGGGCAAGUUGGCUGUAUGAGAAUGAGAAGGCGCAAAGACUAGCCGGCGACAGUGGCUUGAAGCUGUAA